GCUGACCCUUAGGGCGUUGGUCGCUAAAAGCCCAAAGUUAAUCAUCGUCUGUAGCUCGUGUUUUGUAACUUUGUUUUGAUUAAGCUUCGAAGAAAUAUGUCGUUCUUCUGCCUCCUUCAAGAAUUGUACAAAUAUUUCGUAAAAGAAUACUGCUGCUAUAUGGUCCAUUAGCCAACUAGUCCCUUGAGUGUAGUUGUAUUUUGUUCCUGCAUCAGCUUCAAGACAUCGCCAUGGAAACUACAUGGAAAAGCUUAUCUGUGAAAUUAAUAGCCCCUGUCAAAUCCACCAUCAAAGACUUGGGUUUCAAGCGCAUGACACCUGUCCAGGCAGCUUGUAUUCCGUUGCUCCUCAGCCACAAGGAUGUUGCAGCAGAAGCUGUCACUGGUAGUGGGAAAACUCUAGCUUUUGUUAUUCCUAUCAUUCAGAUUCUUAAACAGCUAGAUACUCCAUUGAGGAAACAUGAUAUUGGAGCCAUUAUUAUAUCCCCUACUCGAGAGUUGGCUACUCAGAUAUAUGAGGUGAUAGAGAAGUUUUUGGUGCAUGUGCCUGAGCUGACAGCCAUGCUCACUGUAGGAGGAUCAUAUGUUGGUGAGGAUAUUCAGGCAUUCUCUGAAAGGGGAGCUCACAUUCUCAUAGCUACCCCUGGCAGGCUAGAGGACUUGUUUUCCCGCAACAUCGAAAAUGGUCCAAGCUUUGCUGCUGGAGCAAGAAGACUAGAAGUUUUAAUUCUCGAUGAAGCAGACAGACUUUUGGAUUUAGGAUUCAUGACUACUUUAAAUACAGUCUUUGCUUAUCUACCCAAGCAGAGAAGAACAGGCCUUUUCUCAGCUACUCAAACUUCAGAUGUUAUCAGCCUCAUACGUGCUGGUUUAAGAAAUCCCCUCCAGGUCAGAGUCAAAGACCAAGACUCCAAAAGUGAUCAGAGAACGCCAGCAACUCUUCAGAACUAUUUUAUGGUUUGUCAAACUGAAAAGAAGUUUGAUAUCUUUGUUGCACUUUUGAGGGAAAGGACAAAAGAAAAGACGAUGAUUUUUCUUCCAACUUGUGCGAGUGUUAAAUACUUUAAUGUUCUUUUACAUAAACUGCUUAAGAAUACAAUAGUUCAAGCUAUUCAUGGUAAGAUUAAAGAAAAAAGAUUCAAAAUAUUUGAUGAUUUCAGAUCUUCCGAGGCGGGUGUUUUGCUGUGUACUGAUGUGAUGUGCCGUGGCGUAGAUAUACCAAAAGUUGAUUGGGUCAUUCAGUAUGAUCCACCCUCUAAUGCUGAAGCAUUUGUUCACCGAUGUGGGCGUACUGCACGUAUUGGUAAUGAAGGGGCAGCAGUUUUGUUGUUGAUGCCAUCUGAAACCGCUUAUGUCGAGUUCAUUAAUAUUAAUCAGAAAGUCAAACUGGAUCCCUUGGAAAAGCCCAAAUUUGUUCCCUCUUUAGUCAAGAAAAUCCGUAAUCUUCAAAUAAAGGACAGAAGUUUAAUGGAUAAGGCCAAUAGAGCCUUUGUGUCCUAUAUACAAGCAUAUUCAAAACAUGAUAUUAAAUUUAUAUUGAAUAUUAAAAAACUUGAUUUUGGUGGUGUUGCAACGAGUUAUGGUUUGUUGAAGAUGCCAAGAAUGCCAGAACUGAAGGGUGUUGCUGUGAAAAAUUUUGAAGCCAUUGAGAUGGACUUUAACUCUGUAAAGUAUAAGGAUAAGGAACUGGAAAAGAACAGACAAAAGAAACUGAAGGACUUUCAGGAGACGGAAUGGCCGGGACUGAAGCAGGCGCCAAAGCCAAAGAGUCAGCCCUGGUCCGAACAGAAAGAUAAAGCUUUGAGGAAGAAGAAGCGGCAGGAAAAGAAGCAGAGGAAGCGGAACCGGAACAGGUUGACGGAAGAGGAGAUGGAGGAAUUAGACGAAGACUAUCGAAUGUUGAAGAGGAGACGAAAGGGCAAAGUUUCAGAUGUGGAGUUUGAUAAGCAUUUUGGCAUUGAAGAAGAAGAAGAAGCAGUUGAUUAAUGAAGUUUCACUUUGAUUUGUGGUAGAUCUGUAUGUGUAUACCAAGUCUUAGGUAUUUCAUUAUAAGCAUAGAGACAAAGAAUGUUUUGUUAUGCAGGCAUGUUUCAAUUCAGAAUUUAUGAGAGAUAGGUCCUUUUAACUUUUAGAAUGGCAGAAAAGUGGAAAGUAUUUUUGUGCGCUCACUCCUUGUGUGUUCAUCUACCCAAAAUUAUAUGAAUAUCAGUACCUGAAUGACUAUAAAGUAACCUGUUUUUCUAGUGUGCUACAAAGUAUGAUUACCUAAUAAUAUUUAAACUAUCAGAUGGCAGACUAAUAUACUUUCAUUUAUUAUCUCUUAUGUAAGUAUGAGGAGUUGAGGAAUAUAAUUAUCAGUUGUCUUUGAAGCCUACAAACAAUGAAAUAGCUCUGAAACAUUGAUAUCUUUUCAUCAUUAAUAACUUUCAUGACAACAAAGAAUUUCAAACUCAGUAAAUGGGAAAUGUUUCAUGUAUUUUAUUGCUUUGAUUUGAAGAAAUCAAAGCAUAGUCAGUCAGUUGAUCAAGCUGCUAUUUCUUAAAACUUUUAAGUUCAUUUUGAAUAUGUCUUGAUAUGAACUUUUAUUUGAUACUAUUUUGAUAUACUGUAUCAUGUAAAUUUUGUUGUUGUUGAAGUAAUACUUGUUCAGAGAUUAGCAGUGGCUAUUGCCAUCACAUAAAGUAAUAAAAGUUUACUAUAUAUA